CGCGUCCAGGGCAGCGGUCUGAGUGGAGCGCCUGCACCUCGGCCUUCACCGACAACCAGCGCACACGCCGGUCCUCGCCCCAAGACUGUCGACCGUCGGCACAGCCAAGCAGCUGCACACGAUGAGAGUGGUGGCACUAGUCGUGCUGGCGCUGUGGGCGCCCAGCACGGCCUACGUGUUCCGCGCCCCUUCGUCGGCGUCCGCGAACGUGGGUGGCGCGGGCAACACGGACGUCAGCUCUGGCAUAGCGGGACUGGCCACGACGCUGCUCACUGCCUUCCCGGGGCAGGACAACGUGGUGCUGUCGCCGCUUGGCAUCGCCACCGUGCUGUCCGCGCUCCAGGUGGGCGCCAAGGGCCCCACGGCCCACCAGCUCGCCGCCGUGCUCGGCCAGGGAUCCACCUCGUACCGCACCUACUGGGUGCAGCUAGGAGACACGAUACGCGCCAUCAACUCCUCGACGACGGUGAUCUCGAACGUGGCGAGUGCCAUCUUCCUGGACAAGAGCCUGGCGCUGAACCCGCGGUACGCGCAGGACGUGCGCGGCGCGCUGGCCAGCGAUGUGUUCGCGUUGGACAUCGCCGGCCAGCCCGGCCAGGCGGCCGCCUUCGUCAACCAGUGGGUGUCGGACAGGACGCGCGGCCAGAUCCGCUCCGUGGUGCCGCCGGCGCUGCAGGCGAACAGCGGCCUGCUGGCGGCCAGCGCGCUCUACUUCAACGCCGCCUGGCGCCACCAGUUCCCCGUCUCCAGCACGCACCGCGCCCGCUUCACCGUCAGCGACACCGAGGCCUUCGAGGUCGACAUGAUGGAGCACGAGUCCGACGUCCUCUACAUCCACGACACCACUCUCAAGUGCCAGGUGCUGGGGCUGCCGUACAAGGACGAGUCGUUCGCCAUGUUCCUGCUGCUGCCGGACGAGCGCGGCGUCCAGGGCCUGUCGCGGCUGGAGUCCCAGCUGCCUCCGGAGACGCUGCUGCGGCUGCUGGCGUCGGCGCGCCCCACGGAGCUCCCCUACCUGGUGCCGCGCAUGCGCCUCGAGGGCUUCUCCAGCCUGGCCGGCGCGCUUUCCGCCGCCGGUGUCUCCUCCAUCUUCGACCCGCAGCAGGCCGACCUCUCCGGGAUUGUCUACAAAAAUUCGGGGACGCCGCUGUACGUGGGUGACUUGCUGCACCGCGUGGUGGUGGACGUCUCUGAGUCCGGCACGGAGGCGGCGUCGGCCACCGUGGCUCUGGUCACGCUCUCUGGCCGCGUCGAGGAGUUCCGCGCCGACCGGCCGUUCCUGCUGGUCAUCCAGCACCGGCCCACCGGCGUCAUCCUCUUCUGGGCCAGCGUCGUGCGGCCCACGCCCAACUACCCGCUCAGCAGGAGGCAGUGACGCCGCUCCCGGCGGCAGGGCCGUGUCGUUCUGAUCCCAGCUGCUGGGCUCGAGUGACUCUGCGGCGCUUGCUCUCUGUACUGAGAUCCUACUAAACCAGCGACUUUCUUGUCUCAGUCGACUACUCGUGGCAGCUGGGUCUGCAGCAGCGCUCCUGGCGUGUCAUUCCAGUACUGUCCCACCUGUCACGAGACGACGUUUACGUUUAGAUUAGAUUAGAUUUACUUUCAUUCCAAUUGAUCCGUAGUGAGGAGGUCCUCCAGGAUGUAGAACAUGUCAGAAAAACAACAAUACAUGACAAAUAUUUACAACUAAAACAAA